GGAAUGAUGAACAUUAGCAACUGCUCUUCAGUACAGGAGCAGAAGCCAUUUGACACGGGGACAGUAUUGAUUGGAUUAUAGGUCAGAAAAGCAGUUGAUCAUAGCAUUGACAACACGAGGAUGAAGGUCUUUUUUAAUCCAAGUGGCGUCUGCAGGAGGAGAGGGACUUGUAUAAAAGGGACUGCUUUGUGCUAUAGGCUCUCACUCAACAGCAGCAGACCAAAGGAUAUAGUCACCAUGGUUACUCAAACAAAGUCUUGUGUAGCAUCUCUUCUGCUGGUAUCAAUACUUGCUCAUAUAGGAGAUUUUUAUCCCAACAACGAGAUGGCAUCCAGAGGCUGUGAGGAGUGUAAAUUGAAAGAGAACCCCAUCUUUUCCAAGCCUGGGGCUCCAGUCUAUCAGUGUAUGGGAUGCUGCUUCUCAAGAGCGUAUCCUACUCCUUUGAGAUCCAAGGGGACAAUGAUGGUGCCAAAAAACAUCACCUCUGAGGCAACAUGCUGUGUGGCCCGAGAAUUUAAAUCGGUUACAUUUUACGAUGUGAAGCUGCAGAACCACACAGACUGCCACUGCAGCACAUGCUACUAUCACAAGGCUUAGAAAAUGUGUAUGAGAAAGACUGUCUCCGUGCUAGCAAAUAAAAGCCUUAAAUGCUCCAUGU